AUAUAUGUUUCCCAACUCCAUUCCUAUAUAGAGGGAAAAGAAAGGAGGGGAGGGGUGAAGAUUGAAGAAUUAGGGAAGGAAAAAUGGAGGGUGAGCUCAAAAAUUUCAUCAGUGUAAUCAUUAUGGCAUUAAUAUCCAUGUACUACUGUUACUACAUUGCAGCAAUGAUGCCAAAGGGCUUGCCAAGGCUCAUCUCCCUCCUCCCUGUCAUAACUUUGUUCUCUGUCCUCCCCUUCAACGUUCACAGCUUCCAUAUAGGGGCUCCCGUAGUGUUUAUCCUUGGUUGGAUUACCAAUUUCAAGCUUCUGUUGCUAGCCUUCGAUCAAGGCCCCUUGUCACCACCUCCUCCUGGAGCUCAUCUUUUCAUCCUGACAGCUUGUUCCCCUUUCAGGAUCAAGCAAUCCCAACCUAAAGCCAAGAGGACUACUGGUCCGAAUGUUGUAUCAGAGGCUGCAAACAAGGCUGCACUUCUAGCAUUGUUGUUUCAUUGUUAUAACUACAGACAAUGCUUUCCCGGACAGGUCUUGUUGAUCCUUUACUUCUUCCAUACUUACCUGACGAUACAGUUUUUCCUGGCUGUGGCUGCAAUCCCAGCUCUAAUCCUCCUUGGUGUCGAGCUCGAGCCACAGUUCAACGGACCCCUCCUGGCCACUUCGUUGCAGGACUUCUGGGGUCGUAGGUGGAACCUGAGGGUCUCUGACACUCUACGUCCAACCGUAUACAACCCUAUCCGCAGUGUUUCUACUCGUAUAAUCGGACCUCGAUGGGCCUCGUUACCUGCUGUCUUUGCAACGUUUCUCACUUCGGGUUUGAUGCAUGAGCUCAUUUACUAUCACAUAACUCGUGAGUUUCCCACCUGGGAGGUGACUUGGUUCUUCGUCCUGCAAGGGUUCUUCGUUGACGUAGAGAUUGUGUUGAAGAAGAAGUUCCUGUUUCGACUUCACAGAUCGGUGUCAGGACCACUAGCGUUGGCAAAUCUGGCAGUGACUGCUGGCUGGUUAUCUUACAGACAACUCCUGAGAAAUAAGGUAGAUGAAAAGGUCAUCAAUGAAUUCAAUGCGUUCCUGGAGUUUCUGAGAAGGCUCAGCAUGAUUUAGGACAAUCUGAAACUGUCAUUUGGGUUAGGAUAUUACACGUUUGCUUCCAUUAUUAGCUUAGUUACGUUCUUCCCUUUUUAGAAAAUUAACAUUAACAAGUCUUGUUAGU